GAUGCAGAACGCACUGCGAACACAGCUGGCAGAGGCUGAAGCAGCGCAGCAGCGGCUUAAAGAAGCAAGGGCCGGCACAGACUUCGUGGCAACCGAAGUAACGCGAGCCAAAGAGGCCGCUCUAGCGACCAACAUGGACUGUGAGCGGCUUAGCUCGCAGUGCCGGGAGGAACAGAAGACCUUGCAGGAGACCACGGACCAAAUCCAGGAAGAGGAAGCAUGGUACACCAGGUGUGAGCGUGAGCGGCAGCGGCUUCGGGCUGAAGUGGAGGCCGUGAUGCAACGCAUAUCCUCGCAAGAAGAGGACUUGGCCGCAGGUUACGAGCGUGACCGUGCCCGUCGCGGUGGCUUGCGCGAACUCGAGACGAAGUUGGCAGAUGCAGGCCGCCAACGGCAAGUGGUGGAGAAGCGAGUGCAGACCAUGGAGGAGGAGCUGGUCAGCACUCAGAAGCAGGUCAGCCUGUACCAGGAGCGUCUGGAAAGCCUUCAGCAGAAGCUGCUGUCGGCGGAGGAGGAGCUGCAGCAGGAGAAGCUUGGCCUGGAAGCUCGCAGCCGAGAGAGGCUUCUGUUGGAGCAGCAGGAGGCCGUGGCGAAGGAGGGCCUCGAGAAGCUUCGAUCUCUGAAGGUGCAGCUGGAGGAGGCCCUGAAAGAGAAUGUGGAGGCUCACAGCCAGCUGAAGGCCGCGACGUUGGCGCAGCAGGCGUCCGAGGAGCUCUACGCGGCUCUCGAUGCGAGGCACAAGGAGGCACUGACCCGCCUCUCGAGCGCCGCCGAGGGCACUGCGGCAGCCACGGCGGACCUGGAGCGUUGGCAGCAGCGCCUGCAGGGUCUCGGUGAUUCUGUCCGCCAGCAGAGGUGCGUUCUGCAGGAACUCGAGGAGAGCAGCAAGGGUGCGAAUACCGUGAGCCUCUCUCUCCAGGAGGAGUUGCAGCGCGUCUUCGUCAUUACCGAAAAGCUCCGUCAAGAGCGGGAGGAGGUUACCACCGUGACGGCCGACAUCCAGUCCAAGCUUCGAUCCGCCGAGUCCUCUUUGGAUGCCGCGAGGCGACGGACGAGGGAGCUGGAGGCCCAUGUGGAGGAUGCACAAAGCGAGACGCUGCGUGCCCGCCAGCAGAAGGAAAGCUUGUUGCUGGAGGUCCAGCAGAGCCGCGAGAAGAUGCGUGGGCUCCGCAAAAGACAUACGAUGCUGGUUGAGAAGGUGCAACAUGCGGAGAAGAGGCUACUGCGCGCCCCUGCAGUCGCAUCAGGAGCUGCGACAGAGAGGUCCCGACGUCAUCGUGGCAAAGACCCGGUUCCAGACAAGGUUGAGGAGACUCAGGCGUCCCAAGAUGUCGAUCUGGAGCAGCUUAAGAAGCAGCACAAAAACGCCUGCGAACGCGCCAAGAAGCUCGCAACAAAGAUGGGUGGGGCUGAUGACAAGAAGUCAGCAGACUUUGAUUCCGACAUCCUUCUGUUGACUUGUUUUCGGUGCCUGCAUCGCUACUACGAUCCGUCGCCGAAGACACAUCUUGGCAAGAGGGAAGAGUGGCCUGUUGUCGCAUUGGGAGCUGUUUGGUUGAGUGGCAAGAUCACCAACCUGCCGAAGCGUGCGAAGAUCAUGACAAAGCUGCAUGAUGGUGUCGCAAAUGAACGCAACCCCGAUGCUCUUAUCCAAGACUCAACCGAAAAGGAUCACGACCAGCUUGUCGCCCGCAUGCUCGGGGUGGAGUCGCAGAUGCUUUAUCUUCUCGGCUUCAACUUCGCCUGCGAGCAAUGGUCUCCAAAGCCAAAGCUGCAGAAGAAAGUUCAUCGACUGGUUGAGUACCUGUUCUCUCUGCCUGCAUGGCAGAAUGCUGCUCGAACGCCCCAGCAGAAAUCCCGAGAUGCCGGAAGGAAGCUCAUUCUGGCAAACGCACUUCGCUUCUACAUGCAGCUGGCAGAGACGAAAGACAUUGGGGACGUCAAUACCCACCUACUUGAUGCGGUUAUGGUUAUGGCGUACAAAUUCUACAUCAAAGGCGCCGAGUUCUCAGAGUCGCAGCUGCACAGGGAGUGUGGAGCUGCCUUGAUGUACAACGCAAGCUGCAGGUUGCGUUUUGCAAGCCCCAACUCCAGUGCAGCCAAGGUGCGCAGCCAAUCGGACGGCGACCCCGCGAGCUUGGUCUCGGAAGGCUCUCCGAGGGACUCCGAGGCCACGCCCAGGUCGGAUGCGAAAGAGGCCGAGGAGGAGCAGAAGGCAGAAGCUCAGAAGGCAGACGGCGAAGCCGUCGCUAAGAGCGAGAAGGUCAAGCUCCGACUGACCAGAGAGACCGAUGUAAAGGACCCGAAGGAUGCCAAGCGGGACAGACCUGAGGAGGAUGCGGCGACUAACCGGGAAGUCAAAAGCAGGAGAACGGACAGGAACAAGGCGCUCAUCAAAGAGAAGAUGGAGAUGGUGGUGGCCCCUGCCCCAUCACGAACUCCAGAAGAGCAGAAAGAGGUUGCCGCCACCCCGGUCGCCACGGCAGAGGCGGAGAGCCUCGCCUACUUGAGGCAAUGGGUGGAGCUGGAAGAGGCGCGCCUCGGUGUGGCCCGGACGCCUCCGAAGCCGAGCCCUGCCCCGAGUGCGUCCCACACCGGCAUGAG